CAGGACCUCUUCGCGUACAGGUUAACAUCAGGACAUUGAGUCGCUUUUAACCCGGAGAUACCAAACCCGUUCGACUAAUUAAUUAAUCUCCGAAGCUAAGCAUGUCUGAUCGGUCUGUCACCCCGGGUUCGGAGGCUUCCAGUCGGGCACACGAGUUCCCCCGGACGAUGUACACCCAGGAGAGCCUAGCUGCCUCUCUUCAGUUCGCCAACGGGAUGCUGCAAGACCCAAACUCCUUGUUCAAUAAACCCGCAUCCUACAACGGUAUCGCCACCCAACACUUCUUCCCGUUUUCUGCCGUCGGCGGUGACUAUCGACAUCCCGAUAUCCAGGUAGCGGACCUGAGCCAAGCCAGACACUGGUACCCCUUCUCUACCCCGGAGCUCACGGGCCAAGUAGCGGGAAUGACCACAGCCCACCAACCGGCGAAUCUGAGCCCACGCAUCGCAGAAACCCGGGAUCAGAUUAAAACACGUCUUGACUUGCGUGACGACCAAAAAGGUCUGCGACCCGGAUAUGCGUCCUACUCUUGCUGUCUGUUGGGGGUACCUACAUGUCACGUUCGAGGGUUUGUGUUCGCCGGCAGGAGACGUGUCCGCACGGUUAUCGCGAGUCUACGGUACCUCCGGGUCGUCCCACGGUUGCGACUAAAAUCCAGCCCUGGCUGGAGUCUGUCUGAGAAUGCUGUGAUGAGAUUAUCUCUCUGUCUCUCUCAGAUGUACAAGAUUGAGCGUGUGUUUGCUGACACUCGGAAGAGGAAGCGCCGGACCAGCCUGGAAGUGAAUGUGCGCGGAGCGCUCGAGUCGUACUUCAUAAAGUGCCCGAAGCCCAACACUCAGGACAUCACGCAGAUCGCAGAGGACCUCAGUCUGGAGAAAGAUGUACGCAGCUUUCUUUUUUUAAUACCUUUACUGGGAGGAAUACUAAACCUUGCAGGAAUGGCAUUGUAGAGCUUUUACUGUGUGUAGUGCCUUCUGGUGUUUGGAUAGUGUAGUUGCAUUAUCAAAAUUAUUUACAACAAUGUUUGUUUGGACAUUCACAUGUGCAAGUUGUAUUUGUAGAGUGGUGUGUGUCGCUGUGCCCCCCCUGACCGCUCUCUCCUCUCCUCUCCUCUCAGGUGGUGCGGGUGUGGUUCUGUAACCGGCGUCAGAAGGGGAAGCGUC